AUGAAGCCACCAAUACCAUAUGUAUUGAAGGUUGAAAAGAAUCAAAAUAAUAAACAACACUACCGAGAUGCUAGUAGUGUUCGCAACAAUUUGAUAGAUACAACAUUAGAAAAAUCAUCUCGAUUAGAAAUUAUUAAACAUACUUUGACUUUUACAGAUUCAAAAUUCAUUCAUCAUAAUAAAACAUUAGAAACUACGAUUGAAUGUGUUGGAUAUGUUGCACUUAUUCGUUUUCCUCCAAGACAUCUGCAACCUUUUCGUAUUCUUGCUCGAAUAAAUGAUUGUAAUGGCUGUUGGAGUGAAGAUAUUUAUAGUCGUUUUGGUGGUCUUGGACUUCUUAAACAAAGCAUUCUAGAUAAAAUGUCAAAAGGAAACUGGUUUAUGUUUGAAGAACUUAUUAUGGGGAGUGGAACAUUUUGUCAACGUUGUACACAACCUAAUUUACAGUUACCUGGAGGUGUUGAACUAGAUGCAUCAAGACUUUUUCGUGAUAGAAUGUAUCAACAACAUGGUGUUUUUUAUCCAAUUAUUCGAAGAAAAUCUUCCUCUGAAAGUCGAACUUCUCGUGAUGUUCUUCAAGCAUAUAUUAUUGAUAAUAAACGUUUUCGAAGUAAUGAUCGAAAAGAAGUCGAUGAUGCCAUGAAUGAAAUAAAUAAUUAUACCAAUUCAUAUCUGAAUCAAACAACUAAAUUGCAAUGGCCAUUAGUUCGUGUCUCCUAUCUUUUCUAUGAUCAAAUUAUAGCGCAAAACGAUAGUUCUAUUCAAAUCAAUGCAACAUCAACUGAUUGUCGAUCACCAAAAAAUGAACUGAUUGAAAAUAAUUUCAUAGCUCAACUAAAACUUUUACGUCAAAUAGAUAUUCAUAUAACUGGACCAGGUACUGGACAAAUGUAUCAAACAUUUUUAUCAGAUGGAUCUGUAACUAUUAAUCUUGGAGGUAUAAAACCACGAGGAUUAGAAAAUUCAACCGAAGCAUAUAGUUCAUAUCUUGAACAACAUAUGACAAGUGGUACACCAUAUAUCAAAGGUCUUUAUUAUCCAAUUAAUGAACGACAAAAAGGUAUUAAAAAAGAUGAAAUUGUGAAAUUAAUUCGACAAGCAUCACAACUAAUUCUCGAAGGUUUUUCAUUACCAGUGAAUCCUCGAGAUAAUCUAGCACCUGAUGGACAAUUAUUUGUUGAAAUGUGUGAAAAAGAUAAAGAAUUUUGCUCUUUAGUUACAAAAAGAACACCGGAUAAGAAUUUUAAUUGUUUAGAUAUAUGGGUAGAAGAUUUUGUACAUGAACAUCGUCAAUGGCAAAUGGGAGGUUUCAUUGAUAACGGUCGAAAUUAUAGUUGUCCUUUUAAUCAUACAUUAUUACAUGACUUAAGAAAAAAACAUGGAAUUCAACACAGGCAACUGGAUCAUUGA